UCCGAUUGCAUUCGCAGCUUUUCUCCAACCCGUGGUCAUUGUUGUAAAACAGAAGGGCAAUAAAAGAAUAGAGUGGCGGAUAACAGAGCCUCCGGAGGGGCAUCAGGGAAUCUCUUUAUUGGAUCUGAGCAUUUCUGUCCUUGUGUAUGUGGCACUAUAUGAGAGCCGUGUGUCGGCUGAAGUUGUAAUUUCGCAGCGAACGGUCCGCACAGACAGAGGAGACAUGAUUCGGAGACGGAGUCCAAGUUUUGCGCUGCUGUCCGUUCAUGUGCUUUUGCGGUGCCUGUGGAUGAGGGUAUGUGAGGCAUCUGGACAUUUCGAGUUGCAGGUCUUGUCAAUGCAGAAUGUGAACGGAGAGCUGCAGAACGGCGCGUGCUGUGACGGCGCGCGGAACGCGGCGGACCGCAGAUGCAUCGCGGAUGAGUGCGAUACGUUUUUCCGAGUGUGUUUGAAGGAGUAUCAGUCACGGGUGUUCUCGGGAGGCCCGUGUAGCUACGGAAGCGGAUCUACUCCCGUCAUCGGUGGGAAUAAUUUUUCUGUCAAGCCGCUGGCCGACACGAAAGAUAAAUCGAGGAUUGUGCUGCCCUUCAGCUUCGCGUGGCCGAGAUCGUAUACAUUAAUUGUGGAGGCCUUGGACUUCAACAAUGACUCAAGCACUGGGAGUAUGAACGGACAAGUAAUUGAGAAAGCAGUUCAGUCCGGCAUGAUCAACCCAAACGGUCAAUGGCAGGUCUUGAAAAACAACGGACCGGUGGCUCAGUUCCAGUACCAGAUUCGGGUCACCUGCGAUGAACACUACUUUGGCUUUGGCUGUAAUAAGUUCUGUCGGCCCAGAGAUGACUUCUUCGGACACUAUACCUGCGAUCACAACGGCAACAAGACCUGUCUGGAGGGCUGGGCCGGACCAGAAUGCAACACCGCAAUCUGUAAGCAAGGCUGCAGCACUGAGCACGGCUCCUGUAAAGUGCCUGGAGACUGCAGAUGUUUGUAUGGCUGGCAAGGAGAGUAUUGUGAUCAGUGUAUUCCUCACCCUGGCUGUGUGCACGGCACCUGUGUGGAACCCUGGCAAUGCCUUUGUGACACCAACUGGGGAGGGCAGCUCUGUGACAAAGACUUGAAUACCUGCCGCACACGACAGCCCUGUCUUAAUGGAGGCACCUGUAGUAACACAGGACCAGACAAAUACCACUGCGCUUGUCCUGACGGCUACUCUGGACAGAACUGUGAAAGAGCGGAUAACGCCUGUCUGUCUGAGCCGUGUUUGAACGGAGGCAGUUGUGUGGAGUCCAGUCAGGGAUUUGAGUGUCAGUGUGCGCCUGGCUGGGCCGGACCAUCCUGCAAUAUCAAUGAAGAUGACUGCAGUCCAAACCCAUGUAAUCACAGCGGCCUGUGUGUGGACUUGGUGGAUGGAUUUAAAUGCAUCUGCCCGGUUCAAUGGACCGGAAAGACCUGUCUCAUUGAUGCUAACGAAUGUGAGGAAAGCCCAUGUGUCAACGCUCACUCCUGUCGAAAUCUGAUUGGUGGAUACUUCUGUGAGUGUCUUCCAGGUUGGACAGGACAGAAUUGUGAUAACAAUGUCAUCGACUGCCAUGGCCAGUGUCUUAAUGGAGGAUUGUGUAAGGAUCUGGUAAAUGGAUACAGGUGUCUGUGUGCGCCAGGCUUUGCAGGUGAACACUGUGAGAGAGAUGUUGACGAGUGCGCAAGUCGACCCUGCCAUAAUGGCGGACGCUGCCAAGACAGUGUCAAUGGAUUCCAGUGCCUCUGUCCACCUGGUUUCUCAGAUGUUCUGUGUCAGCUGGACAUAGACUACUGUGAGAGCGGCCCAUGUCAGAAUGGAGCACAGUGUUUUAGUUUGGCCUCAGAUUACUACUGUAAAUGUCCUGAAGAUUACGAGGGCAAGAACUGUUCCCAGCUUAAAGACCACUGCCUCACCACACCCUGCCAAGUGAUUGACAGCUGCACGAUUGCCCUGGCGUCUAACAGUACUCCAGGUGGCAUGCGACUCAUCUCCUCUAAUGUGUGCGGUCCUCACGGGCGCUGCCGAAGUCACACCGGCGGACAUUUUAGCUGUGAAUGCCAGGAGGGAUUUACCGGAACGUACUGCCAUGAGAAUAUCAAUGAUUGUGAAAGUAGUCCUUGUCGUAAUGGCGGUACUUGUAUUGAUAAAAUCAGUGUGUAUCAGUGUAUCUGUGCUCAUGGAUGGGAGGGACCCAACUGUGAGACCAACAUUGACGACUGCAGUACGAACCCGUGUCGUGAUAGAGGUGUGUGUCGUGAUCUGGUGAACGACUUUUACUGCGAGUGCGAAAAUGGCUGGAAGGGAAAGACAUGUCACUCACGUGAGAGCCAAUGUGAUGAGGUGACUUGCAACAACAGGGGCACAUGUUCUGACGAAGGCGACUCGUUUAAGUGCAUGUGUGCCCCGGGAUGGGAAGGCACUACCUGUAACGUAGCUAAGAACAGCACCUGCCUACCAAACCCUUGUGAAAAUGGAGCCACAUGUGUCGUGCGAGGAGACAGCUUCACCUGUGUCUGCAAAGAAGGCUGGGAGGGGCUCACCUGCAGCCAGAAUUCCAAUGACUGCAACCCGCAACCAUGCUACAACAGUGGUACAUGUGUUGACGGUGAUAACUGGUACCGAUGUGAGUGUGCCAGUGGAUUCGCAGGGCCGGACUGUCGCAUCAACAUUAAUGAGUGCCAGUCAUCGCCCUGUGCAUUUGGAUCCACAUGUGUCGAUAAAAUUAAUGGCUAUCGCUGCCUGUGUCCACCCGGCAGAACUGGGCCCAGAUGCCAAGAAGUUACAGGACAUCCAUGUGUGGUCGGAGGUCGGAUUGCUGGAGAUGGAGCAAAGUGGACGGAAGACUGCAAUACCUGUUACUGUUACAAGGGGAUUGUGUCCUGUACUAAGCUUUGGUGUGGCCCUAAACCUUGCCGUAUGCUUGGCUCUGGGCGAGGUGACUGUCCACUGGGUCAGCUGUGUUUACCGGUACGUGACGAACAGUGUUUUGUGAAGCCCUGUUCAUCACAGGGUGAGUGCUGGUCUACUCACCGCCCUGCCAUACAGGCACGGUGCCACCCAGAUAGCAACUGUGCCAACGUCACCUUUACUUUUAAUAAGGACACUAUGCCACAGGGAGUAACAGUGGAGCAGGUGUGUCGUGAGUUGAGGCAUCUGUAUCUGGCCAAGAACGUUUCGGCUGAGGUUUCCAUCUCUGUGAGCUGUCAGCUCUCUUCUACCGCCAAUAACGAGAUCCAUGUGGCUGUUCAUGUAACAGAGGAUGGCAUACAUGGCCGAGUGCCUGUUAAAGAGAUCACAGACAGCAUCAUCGAUCUGGUGAGCAAACACAGCGCUAACAGCAGUAUCAUCGGCUCCAUUGCUGAGGUCCAUGUGCAGGGCAGACAACCACAGAACCCCAACGUAGACUACUUGGUGCCACUGCUGGUUUCCAUAGUGACCGCAGUCUGGGUUUUGGCCCUGGCGUCGGUGUUCCUGUGGUGCGUGCGGCAUCGACGCAAGCAAAGCUCCGGCCCUAUGCGGAUCAACCCUGUCGUGCCAUUUUCCAUGGGAACCACAGAGGAGAGCACAGUAAACAAUGCUCGUGAGCACCUCAAUCAGAUAAAGAAUCACAUUGAGAAGAACAUGUCUAAUGGCAGCCUGCCUGGGAAAGAGCAACACUGCGACGACAAGAACACAAUCAACACCAAAAUCAGGACGCAUUUCUCGGAAUCCACCAGACUAGUGGACGAGGAUUCUGAUUCCAACAAGCGACUACAAAAGGCACGAUUUCCACGUCAGUCCGCCUACAUGCUGGUAGACCGCGACGACAGGCUAAGCUCCAAUGGCACGGACGUAAAAAAUACACACUGGAUGAACAAACGAGACAACAGAGACCUGGAGUCGCAGCAAAGGCUCCCAGAUUCACAGCACAGAGACCUGGAGAAACAACACAGCUUGCACAAAAUGGAGUAUAUCGCAUAGCAGCUAAUCGCGAGGAGUGGUUGGUAUGGUAACAAUCGCGACUGACGUUACUGCCGCAGAACGUCAUGAAAGGUCAAAGGAUAGCGAAGGUGGACUGUAUUUGUUUUGAUGUUGGCCCUACGUCCCGGUGCAGUGCGCCACAGACUGGUUGGUUUGAAUUUAUGUGCGUCAGUGUCAGAAGAAUUUGACUUCUUGAAGUCAUCUCCUGUGCAGAAACACAAAAUGAGAACGAGAACGUAACUGGCCAAAAGCCACUUAAUUGGGUGAAUCUCAGAAAAAUACUGUAUGUCUAGAUUAGAAUUCACUCCAAUAUUCGAAAUAAAAAAAAUUUAAAAAAAAUAUUUUGCUUAAAGACAAUAAAGCCUAUUUUUGUAUAUUUUUGCAUUGGGACAUUAUUUUGACGUUAUUUCCACAACAAUUCGCCACUUUGAGUGUUUUUUGUAAUUUCCAUUAUUCUCAAUGGUAAUUCUCAUUAGGUUUUCAUUACUGUAAUACAUCUUACAUUAAAAAAAACUGGUAUUAAUUCAACAACUAAUACCAUGAUGUAUAAAAAUAUUUAAAUAAUAAAUCAUAAUUAAUUUCACAUUAGGUAAUGAGAAUGACAUUUUUAUGCAUUAUCGGAAUUGUCCUAAACAUAGGCUUAAUUUUUUCUUUUGGUUUUGGGGUAAAAUAUAUGACUUAGGCAUUUUCUUGACAGAGAUUCACCCUAUUUGUUUUACUGAACUGCAUGUGCAAACUGUAUUAGCACAUGCUAUUUCUUUAGUCAUUUGUUUAUUCUGUAGAACUUGCACCACAGAUAGCAAAAACUCUUGUGAAUCAGUUCCAAAAAAUUUAUUCUUGAAGAUUGUAUUGAACUCCCAUUUAUUGGGUUCACGACUGGAUUCUGUUUCCCCGCUUUUGCCAGCAGUUCAUUUUUAUUUAUUCUGUUCUUAUUCUAUUCAUUUUCUACACUCUUUUUAUGAAUGAAUUCAAGGCAGACAGGUCAUGCUUAGAAGUAUUGUUGCUGUCUCUGAAGAAAUUAACUGCCAAUGUAGAUUGAGGUCGAUGUUGUAUAAAUCAUUUUGUACGUAUUUUUGAAUUAAUCAUUGUGUAUAUUUGAUUUUUAACUUAAUAAACAAGAGCCUAGCAUUUUUGUUUUUAUUUAUAUACAUUGUUUAGGUUUGAAAAUGUGCCCUUUAUAUUUUUGGAUGAAGAUAUCAUCUUGUAUUUCCUUAAUGCCAAAAGAAUAGUUUAUUUUUAAAAAAUAGUAUGUUUUUAUUUGUGUCUGGAUCUGAAAUACAAUGUGCAAUCUAUGUUUCAAAAAUGCCUGCAUGGCUUGUUUUUGUAAUGUCCUGAGAUGUAGACUAGAUAGAGGUUUUCUGUCUUGAUUUGAUACACAAUUUGCCCGUUCAGAACCAUUUCUACACUUAAACAAACUUUGUAGUUUUCUGAUUAAACAGUAUUCAAAUCAAAUGUAACCAAACAGCCUAAAGGGAACAAACAGUAAUGUUUGCCUGUACAGUUACAUGAAAUAUGAAGAAAACAGAACUGAAUGUGAUAAAAGAGACAAAAUGAUAGCAAAAUAAUUUUUAUUUUAAAGCAGUUUACAUUACAGUUGGACUGUAAUGUUCUGCUGCAAUCUUUGUGUUACUACUGCCAUGUCUUCCUGUUCUUUGUUGAGUUUGUUGAAAAUUGUGUUUUUCUUUUGUUAUUCAAAAAAAAAAAAACACUUCUAAAGCAGAUGUUUUCCUGGGGUUUUGUCAAAUCAUUCUCAAUUUUGUGCAGUUAUUUACAUUUGGAUCCCUUAAAUCAAAUACAAUUUUACUUCAAUGUUUUGAAUUUAAGAAUUUGAUUUUUCUUUUUAACAUUCCAGUUCCCUGUCGAUUCAGUUCACUCAAAAUUGCCGUAAGCACUAUGGGGAAGACCUUCUAGACGACCUUGUUGAAACCCUUAUACAAUCAUGCCAAUCCUCUGAUUGGCAAUGUUGUCUGAGCCCCCCUUCAGGUAUGCAGUUGGCCUAUAUAAGCGGGCACUCAGUCACCAUUUCUUCAGAACUUUCUUCCUCUUGGAACCCUUUCUGUUCUGUCGGCAAUAUACACUUAAACUACUAUACACUUGGAACUUCUUAGCGAGACGCGGACAGGACGACUCGUUGCCUGUGCUCGGUGCCUGCACUGAGAGGCUUUCAGCUUCCCUGUGUUCCACUGAAGAGUUCUCCGUAUCGCCAUCGAAGACGCUCUUGGUGAACAGGUUCUUCGCUUCAGAUGCUCGUCGUUGAUCAACGCGGCGCUUCAGUGAAGACUCCUACCUACUUCCCACAGCGUUCUGCCUGGAGUUACUGUAUCCUUUUUUUAUAUACAAUAUUAACUAAAAGAGCCGCUUGUGUGAUACGCGUCUUUUUAAAGAUGUCGUUCCGCAAGUUUUUCCUAUGUGAACAGCACAUCCUGCUGCCUGAUGAGCACGAGAGCUGUGUUCACUGUAUGGGCUGCGCCCACGCACAAGCAGCACUCAUGUAGACAGACUGCCCUCACUGCGAGGGCAUGAAUCUCCGGACAUUGUGCUCUAGGAUCAACCUCGUUCUGAGGGAAGAUCCAGCCUCUCAUGCCCUCCCACCUGCCUCUUCUGUGUUAAGUCCCAAGGGACCACAUGAGGAGGCAUGGCGGGGCAAUGAGGAUGACCUGGAAGAAUUAGGGGAGGAUCUCGUGCUGGCGCAAGCCCUGCAAGCCCCCGAACUACCGAUCCAAUGUCCUCGCAUGUGCAAAAUGCACGUGAUGAGCUCUGGCCCUCUAUUGGAGUGCACUGCCUCAUUAUGUUUGGUGGCUCUGACGUUGGGGAUGAUGCUGUGUCACUCGCAGCUUCAGGCGAGUGGUUCACAGAGGAUGUUGCCGCCUCUUCCCCCAGCAAGGGUGAAGAACGUGUACCCUUCGUGUCCUUGCGAGGGCAGUUGAAGGGCUCGGUCUUGAUUGGUCCCUUCCAGAAAAACCAGAAAAGUCUCGUCUGGAUGAAUAGUUUUUGCAAACCAGCCGCCGUCAACAGACCGCGGUCCGGAGGAACGCACCAAUAUUCCCUGAGGUCCAUGCGGAGCUCACAAAGACCUGGUGUGCGCCUUAUUCUUCGUGCAUUCAGGUCGGAAGUGCUGCCAUUCUCACUAAUGUGGACCACGCCAAUGAAAAAGGCUACUCAAAGCUUUCCCCAGUGGAACAGGUGGUUGCAGCUUAUUGACGUCCGCACUGGCUGGAAGAGCUUAUACAGCAGCGGGCCAAGCUGGUUCAGCAUUCCACAGCAUGUCGGUGCUCCAGGUUUUUCAAGCUAACCUCCUUAAACAAAUUAAUGAACAAGACUCCGACACAGAGCUGUUCAAAGAGCUCCGCACCGCUACAGAUUUGGUGCUGCAAGUCACAAAAUCUACCGCUCAGGCCAUCAGCAAAACGAUGAGCAACCUGGUGGUUCUGGAUCAGCAUAUUUGGCUAACUCUAAUGGAGAUGCGUGAUGCAGAGGAAGCCGCCCUUCUCGACACCCCAGUGUCGUACAACAGUCUCUUUGGCAACGCCAUAGAAGGCUUUUAGGAGUGCUACAUCGCGGUGCAAAAGCGGUCUAAAGCGAUGAAACACUUUCUGCCAAAGAGAAGCAGCACUUCCCCUUUCCCAGCACGAUCUAAUUCCCGUCAGUGCCUGGCAAAGAAUCCAUCUCUUGCUGCCCCAACACAGCCGAAAGCUAAUACUAAGCCGUUAGUGAAGCCACGCAAACCAUGGCCCAGGUGUAAGCACCCGCCGUCUCAGUGCGAAAAACUCCGGCCAGGCAACAGAAACGUUCCUGACAUGCCAAGCCCUGUGAAGAGGAGCCCAGAGCUUGCUGUUAUUCAUGGACCAGAGCCGAAGAAGGCUCGAUUCGAGGUGCAAAGUGUUUCUCCCCUCUUCCCCAAUACUGUUCAUCGGGAACAGGGCAUUGUUCAAAAUGUUGCUUCUGUGUGUAUUUCUUAAACAGAGAUUGUUCUCACAAAAGAUAAAAAAGCACCCGUUGUACAAACACGGGAGGCUCACACAUUCUCCGAAAAAGGGCCAUUUCCUCUUUGUGAAUCAUGCACCCCACACAUUAUGCUCAAUAUCUUCCCUAUGGUGAGCGGCACUCUAUCUCCUAUAGCGAGCAAAUCAAUAAGCCCACUGUCCUACUGCGCGAAUGCGUGGCGAACCCUCAUGGGCGUGUCAAACUGGGAUUUAAAAACGAUCGAGCAUAGUUAUACAGUUCAGUUUGUAUGCUGGCCACCUCGCUUGUUAAGCACAGAGAUUCGCAGUCUCCUCGCAAAAAACGAGAUAGAGACUGUCCCAGACUGCGGCACACACAGCGGGAUUUACAGCCGUUAUUUUCCAAAGAAGGACGCCAGGCUUCGGCCCAUUCUAGAUCUAAGACGCUUGAAUCGCGUGCUUGUGAAGCACAGUGAAGCACAGUUCAUCGGUGAUGAACACCAUUUUACAGGCUAGAGCACCGUCCACGAGACGCCUCUAUGCACUAAAAUGGUGUGUGUUUGCAAGUUGGUGCUCUUCACGUGGUAAAGACCCGGUGAAUUGUGAAUUUAUUAACGGCCUUUAGGGCUCAGGUGGUUCGUUUGCAAGCCUUCUUUCCCCCACCAUUUAAUUCAGAUGAAGAGCAAUCUAUGCAUAUGUUAUGCCCAGUGAGGGCAUUGCAUACAUAUGUUGAGCGCACCCGUCAGUUCAGGCUGUCAGAUCAGCUCUUUAUUUGUUAUGGAGGAUGAACAAAAGGAAUGUCCGUCUACAAACAAAGGCUCUCCCACUGGAUCGUUGAUGUGAUCACCCUCACUUAUGAAUCACAGUGUGAAAAUUGCCCUAUUGGUGUCAAAGCGCAUUCAACCAGAGGAAUGGCCUCUUCAUGGGUGUGGAUUCUGUAUAGAGUGCUUCUUACAUACAAGCAGAUAAGCCCAAACCCUUAUUACAGGCAGGCUACCAACUAUAAUCAACACAGAAACCUAAUUAUAUGCUGUUGAACUACCCCUUUAAAAGUCAUACGUACUCCCAUAAGAGAUAAACCUACUUUUCCAACCAUGUUGUGAGAGGGUUAAUAAACCAUACUGUGUAUAUCUAUAUGGUUCAUAUAGAUCCCAGACUACAUUCAUUUCCAUCUGGCAUCUGCCAUGUGAGACUAUUCAUAUACAAUUUUAUAGGACUUAUAAGUCAUCGGCCUGUUGCCUGUGACUGCUUAUGAAAAUUUCUGUUUAGUGUUAGAACUCUGGGAGUGUAAUGUCACGUAGUGCAGCGUGAUGGGAUACCAUUCUCCAUAGUGCUUACGGCAAUGUCGAGUGAACUGAAUCGAUAGGAAACGUCUCCGGUUACACAUGUAACCUCGGUUCCCUGAGAUGAAGGGAACGAGACAUGCCAAAGCUGGGCACACUACUACAGAGUUUCAUACGAGUGACUCACUCUUGUCCCUCAGCCAGAAAAUUCUGAAGAAAUGGUGACUAAGUGCCCGCUUAUAUAGGCCAACUGUGCCUGUAAGGGCGGGGCUUAGACACCACUGCCAAUCAAAGGAUUGGCGUGAUUGUAUAAGGGUUUCAACAAGGUCAUCUAGAAGGACUUCCCCAUAGUGCUUACGACAAUGUAUAGUUCACGUCACCUCAGGUUAAUACUGAGGUUACAUGUGUAAACGAGACGUUUUCUGUGUAUUUUUGUGUCAUUGAAAAGUGAUUUUUCUUAAAAUAUUUGUAUGAAGCAAACUCAUUGGUGUGAAUCACAGUCUUAAACUUGUUGAUUAUUCAAAAAACAUGGCCCCCACCAUCACAGAAAACCUGGAAAUAUAAUCGAAUUUUAAAAUGUCUUGGAAAUUUCUUAAUUGAAUAUAUAUUUCUAGUUGUGCACUGUUCUAAAUUUUAUAUAUAUAUAUAUAUACACUACCAUUCAAAAAUUUUGAAACACUUGACUGAAUCUUAAAAAUCUUUUGAUCUGAAGGCGUAUGCUUAAAUGUUUGAAAUUAGUUUUGUAGACAAAAAUAUAAUUGUGCCACCAUAUUAAUUUAUUUAAUUACAAAAAUAAAAUGUUAUUUAAAAAAAAAAAGUUUUUGAAAUGGAUGACUUGGACUGAAUUAUUAAGAAAAGCAGCAACUAAGUGCCCAGCAUAUAGAUGAGAACUCCUUCAAUACUGUUUAAAAAGCAUCCCAGGGUGAUACCUCAAGAAGUUGGUUGAGAAAAUGUCAAGAGUACAUGUCUGCAAAUUCUAGGCAAAGUGUGGCCACUAUGAAGAUGCUAAAAUAUAACACAGUUUUGAAUUAUUUUUGAUUUUUUUUUUGUCACAACAUAAUUCCCAUAUUUCCAUUUCUAUUAUUCCAUAGUUGUGAUGAAUUUACUUUCACAUUUUAUUCUAAAAUUUGAAAAAAAUAAAGAAUGAGUAAGUGACCCUAAACUUUUGAACAGUAGUGUAAGUAUUCAGACCCUUUGAUAUGACACAUGAAAUUUAGCUCAGGUGCAUCCCAUUUCUCUGGAUCAUCUUUGAGAUGUUUCUACACUUUGAUUGGAGUUCACCUGUGGCAAAUUCAACUGAUUGGACAUGAUUUGGAAAGGCACGGGCACUGUCAAUAUAAGGUCUCACAGCUGAAAAUGCAUAUCAGAGCAAAAACCAAGCCAUGAGGUCAAAGGAACUGCCUGCAGAGCUCAGAGACAGGAUUGUGUCGAGGCACAGAUGUGGGGAAGGCUACCAAAAAAUUUUUUUUUUUUUAAUUCGGCUGCAUUGAAGGUUCCCAAGAGCACAGUGGCCUCCAUAAUUCUUAAAUGAAAGAAGUUUGGAACAACCAGGACUCUUCCUAGAGCUGGCCGCCCCCCAGCAAUCAGGGGAGAAGGGCCUUGGUAAGAGAGGUGACCAAGAACCCAAUGGUCAUGCUGGUUGAGCUCCAGAGGUCAUGUGUGGAGUUGGGAGAAACAUGCAGAAGGACAACCAUCACUGCAACACUCCACGAAUCUGAGCUUUAUGGCAGAGUGGCCAGACAGAAGCCUCUCCUCAGUGCAAGACACAUGAAAGCCUGCUUAGAAUUUGCAAAAAAGCACCUAAAGGACUCUCAGACUGUGAGAAACAAGAUUCUCUGGUCUGAUGAAGCGAAGAUUGAACUGUUUGGCCUCAAUUCCAAGCAUCUUGUCUGGAGGAAACCAGGCACUGCUCAUCACCUGCAUAAUACCAUCCCAACGGUGAAGCAUGGUGGUGGUAGCAUCAUGCUGUGAGGGUGUUUUUCAGCGGCAGGGACUGGGGGACUGCUCAGGGUUGAAGGAAAGCUGAGCGCAGCAAAAUACAGAGAUAUACUUAAUGAAAACCUGGUCCAGAGCACUCAGGACCUCAGACUGGGAUGAAGGUUCACCUUCCAACAGGACAAUGACCCUAAACACACAGCCAAGAUAAUGCAAGAGUGGCUUAGGGACAACUCUGUGAAUGUCCUUGAGUGGCCCAGACAAAGCCCGGACUUGAACCCAAUCAAACAUCUCUGGAGAGACCUGAAAAUGGCUGUCCACCGAUGGUCCCCAUCCAACCUGACAAAGCUUAAGAGGAUCUGCAGAGAAGAAUGGCAUAAAAUCCCCAAAUCCAGGUGCGCAAAGCUUGUUGCAUCAUACACAAAAAGACUUGAGGCUGUAAUCGCUGCCAAAGGGGCUUCAAUUAAGUACUGAAAUAAGGGUCUGAAUACUUAUGUCAAUGUGAUAUUUCAGUUAACAAAAAUCUGUUUUUUGCUUUGUCAUUGUGGGGUAUGGAGUGUAGAUUGACGUGAUUUUUUCUUUUUUUUUUUUUUAACCAUUUUAACAUAAAGU